AUGUCGGUGGCGUCAGCUCCUAGAGGGGAUGUUGCCGGCUCUCCUCUCAGCACCUCUUCCACAUCUCGCUCCCUCGCGGCUCUGGCGGUGGCCAUGGGCGGUGGGAAGGCAGGCGGCGCCGGGUUUUGCGGCGGAGCUCGGUGGCGCGCGACCUGUUCGGCGGCGCUGUUGCUUGUAACGAUGGUGCUUCUAACGAGCUCUGGGAAAAGAUGGAACGCUAGCUUGGGUGAUGCUAUUAGAAGUGUUCGGCGGGGACUCCUCGCCUUCCCUGCGGCCAGCUCGCCCCCCCAAUGCGACCUAUACCACGGGCAGUGGGUGCCGACGCAGCAGCCGCCGUACUACUCGGGGGACAAGUGCGCGUGGAUCUCCUCCAGCUUUGCGUGCGCGCGCAGCAACCGCCCGCUCGACAUGCGCCAGUACGAGCGCCUGCGCUGGCAGCCCAACGGGUGCAAUGUGACGCGAUUCAGCGCAGACGGGUUCUUCAGCAGGAUGCAAAACAAGAGCAUUGCUUUUGUGGGAGACUCGCUAGGACAGGAGCCGUUCCAGUCGCUGCUCUGCAUGCUCGCCCCUGAAGGCCCGCCCAAAAACAUGUCCGACCCCGCAUCUCCCAUUCAAGACGCGCGCAAGGAUUACGGCCUUCUCCCGACGCCCCAAGACAGCCACCGGCCUGAUAGAGCGUACAGAUUCGUUAAGUCCAACACUACAGUGAUUUUCCGCUGGUCAACGACCUUAUGCGAAGUCGAGCCGCUCAAUAAGGGGAACGGGUCGCAGGACAAGGCUCUGCACUUAGACCGGCCCGACACUUUCCUAAGAGAUAAUCUUAAUAAGCUGGAUGUGGUGGUACUCAACACGGGGCAUCACUGGGACCGGGUGGAGAUGAACCAGAACGGGCUCAAGUUCUACCUGAACGGAACCAUGGCGCCGCUGGUGAAUCGAAGGCCGAUGCUCAUGUGGUUCGCGCUCAAGACGGCGAUGCGGUCCCUGUCUCUGUGGAUUGAUGCUCAGCUGAAGCAGACAAAGCUGGGUUCAAAUGCGACGCUUCCGGGCUUAGCAACAGGUGGGGGUGCGAAGCUGGCGACAGCAAUGUUUGGGACGCCCGACACGAAGCCGAUGGUGUUCCUGCGAUCGAUUUCGCCGAGGCAUUCCAAGGGGGACAAGAACGGCACAGGCGGAUGCGCCCAGCUCAAGUAUCCGUUUGGGGAUGCUGAGGUGGCCAAUAUGACAACAAGGGAUGAUAUUAAGGAGGCUGCAGUGCUCGGAACAUCAGUACACCUUUUGAACAUCACAAACCUGUCUGCUUACCGUGGUGAUGCACACCCAGCCGGUUGGGAUCCCCGAUACGUUUCUGCCCAGGGACAAGAUUGCCUGCAUUGGUGCUUACCGGGCGUUCCUGACACGUGGAAUGAGCUGGUUUACACACAUAUUGUGGCAAGGGAAGGAUAG